GCUCUCGCCCUCUUUUCCCUCUUUUCCACCCUUCCUUCCUGUACCAGAAAAUGAGUUGCGUCGUCGCGCUGAAACUCCGAGGGUAGUCAUCUAACGAUCGCUUUACGGAAACGCCCGAAUGUGUUAUUACUUGUAUAGUAAGGGAUGGUGGUGGGUUUGUUCGGUGCCUUGAUUCCCGAAUCCCGAAUCCAACUGUUUACAAAAUUCCAUUUUUCCGGAAGUGAAUACACAAAAAUGUGAUUCUGUUAUUAUUUAUUUUUUCUUUUUCGCUUCCGUCGUGAUCCGACCAACGCUUCUUCACGUUCGUAACGAGUUUGAAUCAUCACCUGUGCGUUAUCUCCGCCGAAUAUAUACCUGAACCUGACACCGAAGUCAAUUCGGUACAGGGCGGAUGAAGAUCGCGGGGGGCAGUUAUCGUCCAAUCCUCACUCGCGAGUUGCAAUUAAUUUAAAUACACUUGUACGACUUCAUAAUCUCAGCUCACGUAUACAUGCUGUGGCCGGGUAAAUGGAAACCCACGUAAAUCCAACGGAUAAAAAACGUAUAUAAAAAAUUAUCAAAAUCAUAUCAACCGAUCGCGCAUUAAUUCAUCCGAGUGAAGACGUAUCGUCAAUAAAUUGAGUGCGUCGAAUGAAAAGAGUGAGAAAAUUUUCCAUCGCUUUAAAGUGAUCACCGAGGUGGCGUAACGUCGUUCAAAAUACGUUUCGGUGCAGUCCUGUCCCCUUAGAAUCUCGAAACGAAAAUUCGAAUGCAUAUUUUUUACGCAAGCCCCGAUCAGUAGGAAGCUACGUAUUGCCUAAUCGAUGAACAAUGCGAAUGAUGCCUAAAUUUAAAUCUUUUAUUCGAUCAUUCACUUGAUACACGGACGAUUAUUUUUAUCGAAGGAGGAAAAAAAAAAAAAAACUAGGAAAAAUUAAACAAUCGUUAAUGGAUGCAUCAACCUAAUGCAAUUUCGAAGGAACAAUUUUCUAAUCGAUAUAAACUAUAAUCUGAUAAAAUAAACAACACGUCUGAAAACCAUUUUCUAAAUUCAAUUUAUGAUCCUUGAUUAUAUAGUUCGGAUAGUUUGUACGUAACUUGAAAAAAAGACAAACAAAAUCCGGGCAAUUUUUGCUACAGAAAAAAAAAAAGAAAAUAAUCGAUUUUGAUACCGAUUUAGCAGUGACGAUGGCCACGAAAUUGAAGUAAUUAAUAAAAAGAUUUUUUAUCCGACCGAAUCUGCGCGUGUAACAUGACUUGCGGUUGUCAAUUUUUGAAAAAACUUUCAAAUGUUACGAGACAAAAUGACCACAAGUACUUACUUCGAAUAGUAAGAAAAUUCUACUGUUACUUCGGGUAACAAUAAAUCUAUUGACGUACCUUAUCGUUAUUUCGACCAAGUUUUAUGCAGUGAGUAAUUAGUGGAUACCUAUAUCGUGCCGAUUUACGGUACGAAUUUAUGUAGUGAAUGGAUUUUCGGAAACGGCACAUACCGCCACAUCAGUUUGGAAUGGCAUUUGGAGUAUUACUCGUGACAGUAGUCAACCUAAUUAUCACAGGGUAUUUACUCACAAUUAUCGGACAUGCUAACGCUACUGGUAAUUGGGAUACGGACGAUGAUCCAGUUUCUACAUUAGAAGUCAGAGCUGUUCUUGGCCGUACUGCAGAAUUGCCUUGCGACAUCGAACCAUCCACAAGGGAAGAUCGUCUGUACAUGGUGCUCUGGUUUCGCGAUCGUACAGUAAAACCUAUUUACAGGUACGACCUCCGAGGGAGAAGUCACACCAACGCGCUUCAUUGGUCGGAUGACAACGCUUUUGGACCUCGAGCGAAUUUUGAGACAUCCUCCAAACCCGCGGCCGCCCUGAAACUCGAAGCUGUCCAACUGAAGGACGAAGGAAUAUACAGAUGUCGUGUAGAUUUUAGAAAUUCACCGACCAGAAAUUUCCAAGUCAAUUUAACCGUGAUAGUACCGCCCCAUCAACUUUUAAUUUACGACGGAGCCGGCGACAAGGUGGAAGACGUCGUGGGACCUUUUCAAGUUGGUUUGGAAUUUCGACUGUCCUGCGAAGUUCGAGGAGGAAAACCAGCUCCCAAUAUCACCUGGUUCGUAAACAGAGACGAGGCCGAGGGACAAAUUCAGGAGACCGCCCUGAACAUUAUCGUUAGCAAAUUAACCGUACCGAAAUUACGAAGAGAGCACCUAAACACGACGUACAAAUGCAGGGCCUCGAAUACGGAACUCAUAUCACCGUUGGAAAAAACGGUCCUCUUGGAUGUUCAUUUAAAACCGAUAUCGGUGAAGAUAUUAUCGAAACCGGCUAUUUUGGAGGCUGAAACCGAGUGUUCGUUAACGUGCGAAGUAAUCGGUUCUCAUCCACCGGCUCAUGUGAUGUGGUUCGAAGGAAAUCUGGAGUUUCGUACUGGGCAGUUCCGAAAAAGCGUCAACUCCACGGUGGUUUUGAAUACCGUGAGAUUUUCCCCUACUCCCGAAGACGACGGUAAAAUUUUAAGAUGUCGCGGGGAGAAUCCGGAGAUACGUGGCGCAUUUUUGGAAGACACUUUUCAAAUGAACGUCGUAUUUUCACCGAGGGUCUUCUUGCAACUCGGGAGCACCCUUAACGCUGAAAAUAUAAAAGAGGGCGACGACGUGUACUUCGAAUGUCAAGUUCGCGCGAAUCCUGAACUCCACAAAAUCACCUGGCAGCAUAACGGAAUGAUGCUCGUUCAGAACGUCUCCGCGGGUGUUAUAGUAAGUACGAAAAGUCUGGUUUUGCAAAGUAUCAGCAGAGACAACGCCGGAAAUUACACGUGCGUGGCGGCCAAUAAACGCGGAGAAACGACGAGUCCCGGUGUACUGCUUAGAAUACAAUUCGCCCCAGUUUGCAAAACCAAAGAAAUCACCAUAAUCGGUGCUUCUCUCGAAGAGUCCGUCAGAGUAAGAUGCCAAGUAAUCGCGGAUCCUUCCGAGAUCGAUUUCAUAUGGGAGUUCAACAACAGCGGCGAGAAUUUGGACGUAGCCCCGAUAACGUUCGACACGAAAAACGGGACCACCAGUGAAAUAAUAUACACUCCCGUUUCCGAAAGGGAUUACGGGGCGUUGACCUGCUGGGGGAAGAACGCAAUCGGGAAACAGGAGUCACCGUGCGUCUACCAAGUAAUUCCAGCCGUGAAACCAGGGCCUCUGAAUAAUUGCACGGUGAGGGCGUCUUUGAACAGAAGUUCGGAGAUGCUGGAGGUCGAUUGUAUUCCCGGAUACGACGGUGGUUUGCGGCAAGAGUUCAGACUCGAGGCUUACGAAGUUCUUACCGGUAAUUUGCGGCUGAACAUUUCGAGCUCGACUCCCGAUGCCCCGAUAUUCAGGAUAAACGUCGCUGACCUGCUUCCCGCAACGCAUUUCAAUCUGGUCGCUUACGCCGUCAACGCCAAAGGACGCAGCGAAAUUUGCUUACUCGACGACAUAAUGCUCCGAGAUUCGGAAAAACACACGGAUAGCAGCAUUAAUGUUAUUCCACUCGUGUUACUGGUGACCGGUUGUUUAAUGGCACUUGGAAUCGCGAUGCUUUCCAUAAUAUUAAUAAUGUAUAGACGACGUGGUACUACGUCGCCGGUUCACAUUGAACCUUAUAUGAAACAACCCAUUAUCACGCCUCCGGACUCGAAGAACAACUCCAUGUUCGACAUCACUAACGGGGAUACAUAUUUCGUCGAAUAUACGCUCAAACAAGUCAACGAUUAUUCUAUGAACAUACAACCAGAUAUCAUACAAUCUCCCCAAGAACAGGGAAAAUUGACUCGAGAACCACAACUAUUUUUGCCCGUCAGACCGGACAAAUUGUUCUCCCCUUGUGAUAUUCACAAGCAAAGCCUUCAGAGCAACGGCUAUACCUUGAAUCCGUUUUCCACGAAGUCGUGGGAACCCAUCAGUUUCAAAGCAGAUCGAAACCUUAUGAAGGAGAUAAUUAUCGCGAACUCAAUACCAGGUCCUGAAAGUUGUGUAUAAGUUUUUUCUUGCAGCAGACGUGCACGACGUAUGUACAAAGACGCUGAUUGUGAGUCCAAAGUCCGUUGGAAACCCCAUAAAGAAAAUCGACGUCGAAUGAAAAGGCUGGCGUCGAGGCGCGCCGCCGUUCGAACGGGGGAUGAAGAAAUAAUGAAAUAAACGAAGACGACAAAAAACUGGACAGAACUUCAUUCGAUGUUUUUUUCUAGAUUCGCGAGAAACGAAAACCGAAAAGGACCCUUUUUCCACACGUACAGUUAAAUAUGGUGUCUGCAGAAGUGAACCCCUAUAACGCUGGAACAAAUCAUUCUCGACGUGUGGCAAAAAAAAAACAAACAAACAAACCAAAAAAAAAAAACCAUAGAAAUGUAAAAAGUCAUAUAAUUGGCUUUUCGAAGUGAUUAAGCUUUCGUGUGAAACUAUUAAUAUAACAAGCGAUGGCGUUAACUGGCAUGCUCUUGUCGUUACGCGACAACGUUUGUGUAGACGUAUUAUAACGAUAUGACGUACCGUACCUAUUCGAAGAGAAAACGAAAGAAAAAAGAAAUGACGAGAAUUAAAAAUUAAAAACUAAAUCAUUUUGCAAAAGGUGUGAAAAAUAUUCGAUGAAGGAUAAAAAUUUCUCAUACGCCUAUUUUCACUUCGUCAUAUUUGAUUGAUACAUGUUGUUUUUUUUCCUUCCAUUCUUCUUCAUCUUUUAUUUUGCAAUAUCACGUAUUUUAUAGACAAAAUAAAAUGAAACAAAAAAAAAAAAAACAGAAAA